AUGUCAACAGAUUAUUACGCAAUAGAAGAUUACAUAUUUUUUAAAGAAAUUUUCGAUACAACAGUUGGAACUGAAGUAAAUACAGAUGAUAUUAAUAUAUUUUUAAAUCCCGAAUAUAGAACUAUUGAAAGCACUAUACGGGAUAGAUUUAUUCAUAGUUGUAAGAGGAUAAAAAAAUAUUUUGAGUAUUUUAAAAAAGAAGAUUCAUGUAAUAACUCGGAAUGCUGUAAUUUUAUUAACUAUUGGAUAAACAAAAAAAUUAGAGAAUUUAUAGACAUAGAUUUUAAAUCAAAAUGGUACAUAUUUCGAUAUUUCAUAGAAUAUGUUCACUAUAAUAAUAAUGACGAUAAAUAUAACAGAUGUAUAAAGGAUAUCAAUUAUAUGAAUAAAGAUUUAUUUGAUAAAGUUAAUGACACCUCUUUGGUUAAAGAGUUAAAUAAGAUUAGGUGCUUAAUUGAAAAUAUUGACUGGAAAUCCAAUGAUAAUUGCAAGGAAGAGCUAUCAAGAUUAUCUAAUGAUAAUUAUUCUAAUGAUUAUGAUAUAACAUGCAAAUCGUUAAAAGAAAUUGGUUACGUACAACGAUAUUCUAGACUUUUCGAAGCUGAUUUUUUACUUCCUCCCUCUUCUACUAAUACUAGCAUAAAAACUAUAAUAAGAACAGUAUUUAUCAUUAUUAUUGUAGGAGUAAUCUUCUUGGGUUUCUAUAAGGUUAAUAAAAAUACUUUUACACCGUUCAGACACUAUUUAUACCUCAUUAUUAUAAGAAUGGGAAAGACCUUAAAGAAAACAAAUGAAGAAUCAUAUGAGGAUCAUUUUACUGAAUAUGAUAAUAAUUCCAUGGAUUUAGAAGAAAAAAUGUAUAACAUAAUGUAUAUUUGUCGAAGCAAAUCAUAA